AUGGUUCUGGGUGGCCAACUUGAGCUACACCUGCUCCAAGGUUGUUGCUUGGAGGCAGAAAGGGCAGACCGUGUUGCAGUUCAACUCUUGGGCCUUCGCAAUGCCUUGGGCGAGGGCACCCAUACCCAUUUGUUGAUGACGAUGGAAGAAAUUAGCAUCUCGGGACAACUGCUCCGCGAACUAGCCGAGUACUCCAAAGUCCAUUUCUCUCGAGUUCCAGUCGUGCUCGACUAUCUCGAAAUCCUUCUCCCUUGCCUAUCAAGAUCCCUGCGAGAUAUCACGACCUAUUACGAAGAUAGGACUCUUACCAAAGAGAAUCGUUGGCGGAAGAUGUAUCACUCGAUGACCCAAGAAGCUGGGGGCCUUUCAUUGCCUCAGCGGUUUAUUCUUUACAAUCGUUUUCUGUCCCUGUUACGGGAGUUACUAUUAAGAUCGCCUAACUUUGACUUCAACACUAUGGAAUGCACUCGAUUACAGUUAAUGCAACUCAGGGAAGCCAGAGGCAUUCCUCCCCCCCCUAUUCGCCUUAAUUCAACGAUCCGUCCUGAUUCCGUGCUAGAUGACGAUUCGAGCAUCGCCUCUAAUAUUCAUUGGGCCGAGAAAAUAUUCUCUUUGCCCCUUCCCUCCCGGACUCCGCUUAAGCAUCAGCAGUCUUCUUUCAAUGAGCGCCAGAUAACCCUGAUAGUAUAUCAGAGUGGUCGAGACAGAUGUCCAUAUUUUCUCUUGCGAACGUUCCACAUGGGAACUCCAUGGUUUUCGCUUCGUGGUGCACAUGAACUAUGUGUCGAACGCAAUGGGAGCAGUCUUCAGUUCUGGCGAUGGAGUUCCAGUGAACAGUGCCCCAAGAUGUGGGCCAAUCUUUGCUUCAUGACAUGGGAAGUCGCUAACGUUCUAGAAUUGGUGCUCUUGUACUGCUGCUUUUUGUCUUUCAAGACUCGCAAUAGUCUCACAGUACAGGUUGCAAAUGAAGAUCUCACUCUUUGGGGCGAACGCAAACUGUUCCAAGCUCGAAUCGUGGACGAUGGUUUCAUGCAUUCUCUUAUUGUAUAUGAGGACUACAUGACAAAGGGUAUUCGCCUCCACGCUGCAGUCUGGGACGGUGAUCUACGCCAGUGUCCUGUCUGGACAGCUUUCAUCACACAUCAGUCAGCCUCCCCGAAAUGGAUAAAGAGAGUCAGCAAGACCAGAGUUCGCCUUGCUGACAUUCAACUCUACGUCUUUUGCCAGGAAUACCGGCAGCAAAACCAACGAAUCAACCGCGCAGGAGCCUUCGAAAUCCGGUUCGUGAGUGAAGAAGCGACCAAGCGUUUUAAAGAGCUCUUCUCUCCUGCGCUCCUCGACGAGAGCACCGCCACAGAGUCGACACAGACUUAG